CACCCAUGUCUACUUCUCCUGUAUCAACCGUGACUGAUCUCACAUCACGGGAGUCCCAGCAGACAGAUACGUUGGCUUCCACUGCACCGAUCACAUCGGUCACGGCCGUUUCUGAUUUGCCUCCGUGGAUUGUGGUGUCAUCCGCUACCUCGCCUGAUGGCACCCUACCGACUAGUGCCGAGUCACAACCAACGUCGGAAGUCUGGGGCAGCCUCGACCGCAGUUUCAUCAGUGACGGCGCCAACUCCAGCAGCGCACACCGACAAUUGCACGGCCGAGUCGUCAACAUUCCUGGAUGCGACCUCUCCAUCAGUAUCUUUAGAAUCCCUGCACACAGCAGUAACGGUUGGUUCAUCGGCGUCGACAGACAUCGGAUUUACAUCGACCGGCCACUCCUCGGCGACCACGGUAUUUUCGUCAUCGUCAGCUGCGGGGUUCAUUCCUGUGCCCGGUUUUUCUCCCAGUGAGCAGCCGAUGUCAGCGUCAUCACCAUCAUCAUCCUCACCGGAAGCAACGUCCUUCGGAACUUCUGAGCAGACCAUUGUCGUGUCCCCACUUACACUGGGAACGUUUCCCACUUCGCCGGAGCCGCCAAAGUCAACGGCGUCCACCGAUUCAUCGCCGCAGAUCCCUGCGGAACGUGGCGACAUGUCGACAGAGCAACCGUUGACUCCGAGAGUGAUGCCUUCUGAUGAGGCACACACACCUUCCGUCGAUGCCUCAUCGUUCGCGUCACAGGCCACACCAUCAUCUCCGACGCAACCAUCGUCGCGUUCAACUGAUUACACGACUUCCGCAUGGGUGUCAGGGUCUUCGCCUCUUCACAAUGCAUCAGCAUUGCCUCCGCUUCGAGAUUCCAAAGUCUCUCCAGGCGCGGACACCAGUUCGUCGGGGACACCUGCACGCACGGCGAGCGACUCUUCUUCUACCGGUCACACCUCUGCAGCGACGGAUUCACCGACCAGUUCUGUGCCGCCUACAUCAGAAUCGGCACCACCAAGGCUGCCGCCGCCACCGCCGCCGAAAGCGUCGACAGCCGACCCAACACCGACAGCGACGCACCCUCACACGUCUCCCGAUUCGUCGGCGCACUCCACCGCCCACACGACGCUGGCGCCAGACGCGUCGUCGACUACCGGCGACACCUCGACGCUUUCGGAGAUGGCGCCGGCCAACUUGACGGCAAUCUUUGCACCCGGCGAUCGUGCGGAGCCGGACAGGGCGGGCCCAACAGACGGCGAGACCACCGCGAGCACGCCAGCGGCGUCCACGACCUCCAGGCCGAGGAAGAGAAAGCCGGGCGGCAGGAUGUUUACGCCGGCGGGCAACGGGACGUCGGCUCCGGCGACGGGGCCCACGGGCGCGACCACGCAGGGGGAGCACGUGGCCACGACAUCGUACCUCACCACCACGGGGGCUCCUCCGUUCUCUCCGACUCCGGCGGACGAACCGACGCCCCAAGAGUUUGUGCCGAUCUACAAUUUCCUGCUGUCGAGCGAGGCGCCGCUCGGCAGCGACCUGGACGACGAAACAUUGAGGAAUUUUACGGCGCGCAUUCUGCAAGAGGUAACUCAGCUCAUGAACAACACGGACCUUGAGAAGUAUUCGCACAACAUGGAUGUCUUCAUAAGAAAUGUCUCGAAUGAAACCUACUGCGUGACCAUCGGGUUUACGAACGGGACCACGGUGGAGGAGUUCUUCCGGAACAACACGGAGUACGCGUUCGAGACGGUGCUCUCGCGUCACGACCUCAACUCGACCUCCGUGCUGUCCGGGUGGCAGCCGACCAACGUGUCGUGCAUCGAACCCGGAGUGAUGCUGAAAGACGUGGAGGUUUUGGGCGGGUCGGUUAUCUGGCCCGUGCUCAUCACCCUGCUGAGUCUGCUCGCGCUCGUCCUCCUGAUCCUCCUCAUCUGCCUCAUCCUGGCUCGGCGACGCAAGCUCAAGUACAGCGUGGACGAGGUGGGCAUCUCGUACCGCACGCACGACCUGCGCCCAUGGAGCAUUGGUGGCAUCCCGCACGUGCUCUACGAGACUGCCAUGGAGGCGCCGCCCCCCUUCGACGCCGGCGAUGCGCAGGUGUCGUUGGCGGAGCCAGAGCAAGGCACAAUCGACAAGAGCAAGUUAGUGGUGUCCAUAUGAGCCUCUUGCCGGCCUGCGCCGGCGGGAGACCACCACGUCUUGCAGCGGUAGCAAGCGGGGCCAUGUGGGAACGCCGUCAACGCAAAACGAGAUCCACGGGCGGACGCAGUUCAGACUGAGGUGGACAACAACGAGGCUCACGUCACCACCUCCUUGAAGCCAGGGUCCACACCUGAAAGUGAUCGGUUGGAUGCAACCUGGUUGGAUGCAACUGAAUGGCUCAAUCGGUGGCUUGCAGGAGAGACAGGCUCAACUUUCCAAGCGACCUGUUUGGCGAUUUGCAGCGACGUACUUCAUCGCGUGACACAUUCACAAACUAUUAUUGGUUAACUUAAGGCGUUGGUUUUAUUCUUGACUACCUGGAAUUUUUUUUCUGAAAUCCCGGAUCCUGUCCUGACGACGUGUAACGUGGUUUCAAGCGAAACGUCAUUUCUAAUUGCUGAAGUUGGUUGUUAGAAUUGUCCUUCAACUUAACCCGCGGUGAGCUGAAACGAUAACCAUUGGCGCGUCGUCAAAUGCUCGUACACGUGCCAAUUCAAUUCGUUUUCGCAACCAAACGCGGCCUCACUCAAAACAUUAAUGACGAUUGGUUGUUACGAUCCUGACGUAGGUGAGGUGGGGGGGUAGCUAAUCAGAAAAGGGGUGGGGCUAUACUGUAAAGGGCAUGGCCAGACACGCCCUUGCCGCACUCAACUACUUGCUCACAUGUGGACAAAGCAGUUGCAGGCAAUUUUCAAAAGCUACUUGGUUGGGCAAUUGACCUCUCCGGUGUGGACCCGGCUAAACAGAUGAGCGCUCAAAACACACCGUGCACAUUUUACCACCUCGGGAAAUAAAGCAAAUUUAAAAUGUUCAAAGGGAAAUUUUGAUUGAGACACAACAGUGCUGCACAUCUGGGCCCUCGUUACGUUUACUCAAACACAUUCCAGGGUAAUAUUUUAGGGGCUUGAAUGUAACGCUCAGUAAGGUUAAUAGCACAAGGCAAUGUCAUCAUUUUCAUGAGGCUUUUGGAUUGUCGAAAUUUGUUGAUGUGCGCACAACUCUAAUGGCGCCCAUUCUGGACGAUGUAGUUGCAACGUCGUCUGCAGCUCAACGUUGCGUAUCCGUUGCAUGCUGUAGACUGAGAUAUAGGCGGACGUAUGAACGUCUAGUAGAAAGUCACAGUUACACCAUCGUGCACGAAUAGGAUUACUGGACAAGCACAAAUCGCACGCACGGCUUGAAACGUGGGGAAAUGCUGUCGGAGUAAAGCGAAUGUGUACGCGAUGUUGUGAAAAUAUCUGAUUUGUGAACAUCUGUGGAAAAAUCACAGUUGACACCAUGCACGUAUACCACAGUUAGUUGGUCAGGGCGGAUUUGCGACGGUCAGAUAUGCGACGUUGUACGGUACAACCACUUGCAUCUGCCACACAAGCCAACCAUCUGUCUUCGACUAAUGUGACAGAAACCCCCCAUGAACUGGAAGAUAAUGCGUGUUGUAAGUGAGGACAAGAUAGCGUAUACUGUGAUGCUAACGUAUAUUUAGCCUGCAGAGCAUCUCGGCAUUAAGCCCAUUGUUGUUUGGGAGCCUAAGAGAGGCGUGCAUAUGCACAGCAACACGAUCUAUGCACCGGUUUUUACAAAGGGCAUUUUAAAAUUGGUACUUGUGAACCAGAUUUGCAUUAAAUUAACUGCUUAUUCCUUAAAGCUUGAGGCUGUAUAUCAAAUGUAUAACUUUCCUAGUUCUCCACUGAUUGUGUGCCUUAAAUAAUACUCUCAAGGUAGAUAUCGUAUUGUUGUGUUCAGUGGGUAGCUCAGUGGCCUCGCGAUGGCGAGCAGCACAUCUGGGCUUCGAGAUCAACUCAGAAGUGCUUUGGCGUAGCACAUGGUCGAUGUCAGCCUCUUCACUCGCCCCUGGGGUUUCGUCCCAAUCGUCAUAUCGUUGUCACGUCACGGGAUGAAGAAUCCGGAGGAGUGCAACCGUUCGGGUUGGAGAUCGGCCCGUGGAAGUAGACACGCCGUGACGUUCCCACCCGGCGGCCGUCACGCGCCCGGGAGACGAAUGUUAUCGCACGACAGUAAGGAGCAUGGGAGAUUGAGACGGUCACUCGCCGCAAUGAAAUCAUUCUGAUGGCGUUGGCCGGGUGGCUCGCGGGGUUCAUGAGGUCCUCGUGGGAGCCCUGAGCCCCAGUGGUGGUGCCGGGCAAACGCAAAAUAAGCAAAAGCAUAGGGCCCGAAAAUAGCUCAAGGAGUACCCACAUUCACAGAAUAAAGGGAUGUGCCACAUGGCUACUCGAAUUCAGAUCCGAAUAUGAGGUUAUAUAAAGCCAAUUUUAUAUAAGCCCAUUAAUCUCUGUCAACUCUAUCUUGUAUGUAGCUGUCUUCUUUCAUCUCACUACAUUUCUGUCCCGUGUGCUGUUCGGCAUGAUGUCCGACGUUUUUCAACCACGUGCUGGGAGUUUAUGCAGGAACUCCUGAACGUAGAGAUAGCUAAACAAGCUCGCGGCACGUGGAGCGAAACGUCGGACAUCAUCCCAAGUUUAAUUGAUGAUUGGAAGCGUGCUUCCUUGCAGGCCUUUAAAAUGAGGACAAACAUAAUGGAUCGACAAAACAGAUACAACCGCAUUCAAUUGAGUUUAAAUGUACUUAAAUUCGGUGCAGACUAGCAAAUAAAACAUAAAGCAGCAUGCCAAUGAAUUAAAAAUACGAUUGCAGUUAUAUGCAUUGUGUGGGCGGACCGAGGGACACGGUGGUUAGCGGACUGCACUAUGAUCCCAGCAACUUAAGUUCGAUUCCUGACCGUGAUAAGCAUCAGUGACGAGUGAUAUCUGAAAAAAAAAUUCUUACUGCCACCCCCCCCCCCCUUUAGCAAAGUGGACUGACUGGCGUGGUGAAGUAUGGUCGAAUGUGGGAUCAUCCAAUAUUGGAUUUUAAAAUUCUUAGAAGUUGCUACGUUUUAUCAUUAUUAUUAUAAUUGCACAUCAUAGUAGAUUUUGACACAAUUGCAAAUACAAGGGAUGCUUGACGAUGAUUUAAAUCGGCGUACGCAAGUACUGCACUGUUAAGAGUUGAGUUGCAUUUGUAUAUAUUGGGCAAUGAUAACAAGAGGAACAUUGUGAUUUUGAACACGCAGGAAUUGCUGUGACGGUACUGUUCUCUGUGAAUUUGCAUAAGCAUUGUUGUCCUCUUAGAAUUUUAGUAAUAAAUUUGCUGCUCACGUACGAUCGAAAAGUUA